AUGUCCGACGAUGUGCCUCGAGUGGAUCCGAAGGCACCCGAGUUAUCAUGUUCCGUCCCUUCUAUGUCUCGAUGGGCUUCACAUUUCCACCAUCGAAGUUCUUCAGUGAGGUGUUCUGCGGCAUGGAGUGUGCUCCGAGCUGAUGAAUUCUUCUACUUCUUCGAGGUGAGACACUACGAGAAGUAUGCUCAGGUUCAAGUAUGCAACGCCAAGCUGUUUGAUAGUUUGAGUCAAGGCGAUCAUGUGUGGCAAACCGACAUGCUGGAGGUUAGUGGUAGAUGGGAAGGGGAGGUAAGCGGUGGUUUGCUCGUUCCUCUCACUUACUGUGAUGGUAAGUCACACCUAACUAACUUCUGCCUUCUGCGUGCAAAAAAUGACAUCCGCAAGAAGCUCGAUCUCGACUUGGACUUGAUAAAGGUUCAUCAAGCUCUGAACAUUCCUGCCAAAUUCCAUGAGUGGCCCUAG